GCCAGAGACCGCUUAGGUUUCACUUGUACAAGGUCAGAUCUUAAUUUAACCACCAACUGGAUACUUAAUUUUAGAUACACAGAAGCACACAUUGGCUCCAGGGCACUUCCUCUGAUUUAGGAAGGCAAGUCCCUGGAUAAGAAUGACAAGAUGAUCAUUCCAAAAGGAUAAAUCCUGAUGAUUCUCUCAGGGACCUCUAGUAGAUGAGCUCGACACUCAAGAACCAUAGCAGCUUCAAGACAGCACGAACCAGGAGAUGAUGCUUCUCUUGGCACUGAGGUCACAGACUAAUUCCCUGCUAUUCCUGAGUUACAUUCUAAGGAGAAGAGACGCACAAUGAACCAAUAAACAAUACAUUAAAAAGCAAGAUACCAUUUACGUCUACGUGGAAUGGAUACUAAUGAUGACCCUGAUGAAGACCAUCUUACAAGUUAUGAUAUUCAGCUAAGUAUUCAAGAAUCCAUUGAAGCCAGCAAGACUGCGCUUUAUCCUGAAAGAUUUGUACCCCUAAGUGGUCAAAACAGAAAACUUGUGGAGGCCAUAAAACAAGGUCACAUUCUUGAGCUCCAGGAGUAUGUAAAAUAUAAAUAUGCAAUGGAUGAAGCUGAUGAAAAAGGAUGGUUUCCAUUACAUGAAGCUGUUGUUCAACCCAUUCAACAAAUACUUGAGAUUGUUCUGGAUGCAUCCUAUAAGACACUCUGGGAGUUCAAGACCUGUGAUGGAGAAACACCCUUGACUUUGGCAGUCAAAGCUGGUCUGGUGAAAAAUAUCACCUUGAAUUUCUGCACAAAAAGGAUACACUUCCAGUAUUGUAUACUGCUUCACUUUGCAAAUAGAGAAUUAUUCUCCACUUCUGUCAAAAAGGGCUCCUAUGACAUGGUAUCAACUCUGAUCAAACACAACACCAGUCUGGACCAGCCCUGUGCCAAGCGAUGGUCAGCAAUGCAUGAAGCAGCCAAGCAAGGCCGAAAAGAUAUCAUAUCUCUACUGCUAAAACACGGAGGCAAUGUCCACCUGAGAGAUGGAUUUGGAGUCACACCAUUAGGCGUUGCUGCCGAAUAUGGUCACUGUGAUGUGUUAGAACAUCUGAUCCACAAAGGUGGUGAUGUGCUUGCUUUGGCGGAUGAUGGGGCGUCGGUGAUGUUUGAGGCAGCAGGAGGUGGCAAUCCCGACUGCAUUUCCCUCCUGCUGGAAUAUGGAGGAAGCGGAAAUGUACCUAAUCGAGCAGGGCAUCUUCCUAUACACCGAGCUGCCUAUGAGGGGCAUUAUCUUGCACUGAAAUAUCUUAUCCCAGCAACAUCUAAAAAUGCAAUUCGGAAAAGUGGGCUAACACCAAUUCACUCAGCAGCAGAUGGACAAAGUGCACAGUGUCUAGAGCUGCUCAUUGAAAAUGGUUUUGAUGUCAACACUCUACUUGCUGACCACAUUUCCCAGAGCUAUGACGAUGAGAGGAAGACUGCGCUGUAUUUUGCCGUUUCUAAUAAUGAUGUUCGUUGCACAGAAGUCCUACUGGCUGCAGGUGCAGACCCAAACUUAGAUCCCCUCAACUGCCUACUUGUGGCAGUGAGGGCCAAUAAUUAUGAAAUUGUCCGGCUGCUUCUCUCCCAUGGUGCCAAUGUCAAUUGUUAUUUUAUGCAUGUGAAUGACACUCGUUUCCCCAGUGUCAUUCAGUAUGCCCUAAACGACGAGGUAAUGCUGAGGCUAUUGCUGAAUAAUGGCUAUCAAGUGGAGAUGUGCUUUGACUGCAUGCAUGGUGACAUCUUUGGAAAUUCAUUUGUGUGGUCAGAGAUAGAGGAAGAGGUGCUGCCAGGAUGGACAUCUUGUGUAAUAAAAGAUAACCCGUUCUGUGAGUUUAUUACAGUUCCUUGGAUGAAGCACUUGGUAGGCAGAGUUACUCGCAUACUAAUAGAUUACAUGGAUUAUGUUCCUCUGUGUGCUAAACUGAAGUCUGCACUAGAAGUACAGAGAGAAUGGCCAGAAAUCCGCCAAAUACUAGAGAAUCCUUGUUCAUUGAAGCAUUUGUGUCGGUUAAAAAUUCGAAGACUUAUGGGUCUCCAGAAACUCUGCCAGCCAGCCUCAAUGGAGAAGCUUCCUCUACCACCAGCUAUUCAAAGAUACAUAUUAUUUAAAGAGUAUGAUCUCUAUGGACAAGAGCUAAAAUUGCCAUAACUUAAUAUUUUAAAAUGUGAUUUUAAAAAAUAUUUUGAAAUGUGAUUCCCUCAGAUAAUUUCUUGUAACUAUUUUACAUCCUUAAUCCUUAAUUGUAAAGUGUAUCUAAAUGCAUUGACAGUUUUAUAGUUGUAUCAUGUGUUCUUACGGGAACACCAUGAUUUAUGUCUUUAAAGACAUUAGCAUUUUUUAAAGAUAGUAUUUUGAACUUAGAUUUGUAUCUUUGUUUGCUACAAGUCAUCAAACUCUCUCUAUCAAGUGGCUCCUACAAUAUCCACAUCAAGUCUCUAUGUUUAAAAAACAGAUAACCACUUUCUCAAACCCACAUCUGCCAGUUGUUGGUCGGAUUCUCCUGUCUCUCAAGGUCUUGCUGUGUAAAAGAGCUCCUCCUGCCUGUAAGUUCACAGACUGUGAUCUGGCAUCUACCCCUCCACUGCUUUUCUCAAGGUCCCUGACAAUCUCUUUGUUGCUAAAUUCAGUGAACAUUCUUUAGUCCCUCUUCCAAUUGAUUCCUACAGCAUUCAACAUUGUUGCCUGUUCCUUGCUUGAAAUGAUACCUCUUUCCUUGUUUCUUGCAAAACCUGUUCUCUUGGGUGUCCUCCCACCUCCCUAGACACUCUGUCUCUGGCUUCUUUCUGCCUAGCUCAUCUCUAGCCAAUCUUAUAGUUGUAUAUCUUAAGCCCUCUUCUCUUUGUUCUUUAAGUUAUAUAUCCUAAGCCCUCUUUGCUUUGUUCUCUGGGAAAUUUUAUUCACAUCCAUGGUCUUAAUCAUUUUGCUAGAGACUACAAAAUUUCUAUCCGAAGCUCAACUCUUUCUCUCAUGUUCUCCCGACCUAUGUAGACAAUUGACCUAGUGAACAUUUGAACACAGAGACACCUCAAAUUCAACAUGUCCCCAGAUGAACUCAAAAAAAAAAAAAAAAAAAAAGCUCUUUCUUGAGCUCAAUAGUUAGCACAAUACUCAGUUCAGUUUCCAAAGAAAAAAGCCUGGACGUUAGGCUUGACAAUCCCAUUUUCCUUACCCAAUAAGACAAAUCACCAAAUAUUAUUAAGUUUGUCUCCUGAAGUCAUCUUCCACUCACCACCCCUCAACCCCACCCCCAUUUGGCCCUAAGUCUAUUAUCUUCUUUUUCCCUGGAUAAUACAGUGCUGCUUAUCUGGCUCCCCUGCCUCUGUCUUGCCCUGUCCCAGACACUUUCUACACACAGCAUCUCAGAAUAGCCUUUUACUAAUAUAAUAGACUUUCUCUUCUCUGCUUAAGAUCAUUCCCAUUGCUCUUCAAUUCCAAUGUUCUCACUUGAACUUUCAUGAUCUAACUCCUGCCUUCUUCUCUAGCCUCAUCUCUAGAUGUCUCCCUUUCCUCCCUUCCCUAGAACCUUCUAGAAUUGUAUUUUUUAAACAGUGAUCCCCAGACUUUAAGGUGUCAUACACCAACAGGUUUUGUUGUGUUGAUUUUUCAAAAAGAGUCAUUAAGAAAUACCAUCUACUAUCACCAUCAUUUCAUAAAAGAAGGGUCAUUUUAAUGCCAGAAAAUAAGAUGGUUGUAAACUCAGUCAUUCAAGUUGAAUGACUUUUACUUUGAAAAGACCUCACACUGCUCUCAUUUCUCCACUAAUGAGUGAGAAUUUCACUGUGGGCCAUCAAAUAUCUGAGGACCUUUGUAUGGGCAACCACUGCUGUAGAAUAGACCAUGCUCUAUUUUAACCUCAGGGUCUUUGCAUUUCCUUCUCUCAUCUGGAACUCUCUUUCCACUUUUUCUGCACCCUUUCACCUGAUCAAAUCCCUCUUACCCUAUAGGUCUCAGCUGAGAUGUUGCUUCCUCUAGGAUGGGAAACCUAAGCACAGAACUUGUCAUGCUAUAUUACAGCUGCCUGUGUUCCCUGCUGUCUUCCCACUAGACUAUAAGCUCUAUGAGCGCAGGUUCUAUCUUUGUUUUGUUUUCCAGUGCUUUCUCAGGGCCAAACACAUUCCCUAGAGCAUGGAGUUCAAUAAUUAUUUGUUGAAAUACAUUGAAUAAGUGACAAAAAUAAUCAGUGACAUCAUGGUGAAAUAAUAGUUUUAAAUUUCUGAGUGAGUUAUGUAUUCUUAUAAUGUAAUUAUUUAAUGUUAUUUUUCUUAGAUUUUAAUAGUGUGUUUUUCUUAUAUUUAUUUUUACCUUGUUACUAUAUUCUUUCAACAGUAAUAUCUCACUGGUCUGUAAAGUUUUCAAGUUGUAUUUAGCUUUAGUUACCUUUGAAAGAUAAAUAAGUAUGAAAAAAUUGUACAAUUAGGGCUAUAAUUUUAACUUCUUGUAUUCCCUAGAGGACAUUUUUAUAUGUAAAUUAAACUGUAAUGUAUUUAUCUUUAAUUGUAACAUCUUGUAUACAAGAUUUUAUUAUUCUUGUGUUGUACUCUUAGAUGUGGUUAAAUGUAUUGUUACCUAAAAAUAUUACUCUAAUAAAAAAUCAUAUUGAGGUUAUAAGUCCGUUUUAUGAUACGUCAUAUAUUAAACUUUUGCUCACU